GAACUGAGUAUCAACAAGCUCGCGAAGACAUACAACGGUCUCUGCAAGCAAAUGUACGACCUCAUGAAGAAGUGUGUUGUGUCAUGCUUUGCCAUUGCACCCAUGCCAAUCGAGGCUAACACGCUCUUCAAGCUAGAUGUUGACGAUGACAUCUGA